AUGCUCAAUUCCCUACGCACAGAAAUAGACGAAGGACUUGGGGAUGAGGACUCGAAGAAUAUAUCUCCCUUCAGCGCACCAAUCAUAUCAUGCAACAGACUUAGCACCACAUCCUUCAAUAAAGAAGGCUUCAGCAAGAAAUUUGAAGAGGCAAAAUAUGCGUUAGAAGAGGAAACGAAAGAGUAUGAGAUUGAGGGAGGGUGGAGAAUAGAAAAGGAGGCCGAGGAUAAGGAGUAA